AUGAACAUCGCUGGAGAAAAGCAUCCGUUGGAGAGGUUGUGGGUCGAGGUUGGCCAUGUUCGUGGAAAAGUGGCAGAGAUGGACAGUACGGUCGCGGCUGAGCUGCCCACAGAAUCUGGCAUUUCGUACCUGCAGGUGAAGAAUCACGCACUACUAAUGUACACCAAGAUGGAGCUCUUUUUUACGCUGCUUAAGCUUGAGGAGCCGGUGAAGGUGAAGGGCCACCCUGUUUUCAAGGAGCUCGUUCGUUACCGCACGUUGCUGGAGCGCAUUCGUCCACUGGACCGUAAGAUGAAAUACCAAGUAGACAAAAUGCUCAAGGUAGCGCUUUCCGAUGGCAAGGAAUUGGAUGAGUCGUUGAGCUACGCGCCCAACCCAGGCCAGCUAGCUGCCGCGGGCGGACCUAAUGACAACGAGGAAGGAGAUGAGGGUAGCUCUAGUGUAAAGGAUGGUAUCUACCGUGCGCCGCGCUUGGCAGCUGUGCCGUACGAGGAGGAGGAGCGUGCGCAGAUUAAGCAGGCUAAGCUGGACGAACGUAACCGCAAACGUUUGCAGAAAAGCACUAUAUUGGCGGAGUUGCGUGAGGAAUUUAGCGAGCGUCCAGCAGAGAUAUUGGCUAGCGGCACCCACAUUGCAGACAAGGAAACUGCGCGUGAGGAAGCUGAGAAGAAGGAUUUUGAGGAAUCACGCUUUGUGCGUGUAGUCACGUCACGCAAGGACAAGAUCCGCAAGCGACAGCGAGAGAUGGAGGCAAAUCGCACCGAUAAUGUUGGCUCAAUCGACAAUUUUGCCUCAGUUCAAGAUAUUUUGUCUUUGGACAAAACCAAACAUCGUAUCACAACGCCACACGAACCAAAAAAGGUUGGCGGUAAGACUGGUGGCAUUUUUUCACACGUUGAUGCACUGACUGACAAGAAGCGGAGGAUGGUGCGAAAUGCUGGCAACAGUGUGGCUGCACUUGAUGCUACUACUUUGGUGCCUCAAGACACGUCAGGCUCCGUCUCAAUGGUGAAGAAAGUUUCGGGCAAGAAGAAGAAAGUUUUAUUUAAGAACUUAUUUUCGUAA